GGUAGGGGUCACACUGGUGUUUUUGGCGUGAUUCCGUUUGAUUGAAUUUUUAUUAUUUCCUUCGUUUCUAGAGGAUUUCGAGCAUGGUAUUCCAGUUGCCCACGACCACGGCCGCUCCGAUAGGAGGCGGCUCCUCCUUCUCCUUCGGCCUGAGCACGGGAACUCCCGCCGCAGCCGCCGCUCCAGGAGCACCAGCCACCGUUCCCGCCACAAAACCCACAUUCUCUUUCGGAGGCCCAGCGGCUGCUACUAAUAUUGGUGGCGGAGAUGCGGACAACAGCAAGGCACAGGCUCCACCGGCAUUCGGAUUUGGCCUGGCGGCACCCGCUUCAACUCCCCUCACGCUGGGCACUCAAGCCACAAAUCCGGUGUCCACUUCUGCGACAACAAUUGCAACCUCCGCCGCUCCUCCCGUCUUUGGAGGCUUCUUGGCGCAGCCGACGGCAGCGGUGGCGCCCAGCUUGGCCACCAGCACACCAAACACGGCAGCACCCGCCACUGGCUUGCUAGGCGGCACAGGACUAGGACUAGGAGCUCCAAAGAGCACUGCGGCUGCUCCCACAACUCUGACAGCAGCUCCAGCAGCCGCAGCUCCGCAACUGGGAGUCGCACCGGCACCAACUCUAAGCACCGGCGGAGCUUUUGCCAAUCUAACCACCGAGACCAAGACCACGGACUCCGCGGCCGUCUCCACCGCCUCGCAGCUGUCGUACAACCAACUGGAGGAGCACAUCAACAAGUGGACCCUAGAGUUCGAGGAGCAGGAAAAGGUGUUCACCGAACAGGCCACCCAGAUCAACGCCUGGGACAAACUACUCAUUAGCAACAACCAGAAGAUCGUGGAGCUCAACGAUGCCGUCAAGAAGGUAAAGACCGACCAGCAGGUGCUCGACCAGGAGCUGGAGUUCAUAGCCACGCAGCAAAAGGAGCUGGAGGACAGCUUGGCGCCGCUGGAGAAGGAGUUCGUGAAUCUCCCCAGAGUGGACAUGGAGCGCAGCCAGACCUAUUUGAUGGUGGAGAACCUGGACACGCAGCUGAAGCAGAUGUCCGAGGACCUAAAGGAGAUCAUCGACAACCUAAACGAGGCCAACAAGGGCCAGGACACCACUGAUCCCAUCAUUCAGAUAGGCAAGAUCCUCAACGCACACAUGAGCUCCCUGCAGUGGAUCGAAUCGCAGUCGUCGAACAUCUGCAAGAAGCUGGACGACAUUGGCAAGAUACAAGAUUCCCAGAAGCGGGACAUCUUCCGAGCUCCCUAUUAAAUAUUAGACUCUAAAGGCUUGUUAACUUGUAACUACUUCUUUCCCAUGAGAAA